AUGUCAUAUCUCACUAAAGCAGGUGAACGUUUCCGUUUGGACUUGAAGCGCAUUCCAAAGCAUAGGCUGCCUUACUUUGAGAAGCUCCAGAGAGAGACCCAGCCGCCAUUUAUACGUCCACAGUUGGAAGUUGACCUCCACGCCGAUGGCGCCGUCCCAGAGGACCCCAAGAAGCUGAAGUACCUGGUUGGUGACCGUGUGCUGAUCGUCAAGGGUGCGAAGACCGGUAACGUGUGUAAGAUCUCUCGUCAUGUCGAGCACGGUGGCUAUAUUCUCGAUGAAAAUGGACCUUCCACGACCGUUGUUGUGCCUAAGCAGUUCUGGACUGAAGGCCAGAGAUCCCACGUUGUCACGUUCCCUAAGCCAGUGACGGAGGAUCAAAUCAAGCUUAUCACACAGAUCGAAGACGACGUGACGCACGAGACUAAGACGGUCGCCGUGGAGAACGUUGAGUUCAAGGGAACGUACUACGACGAGGACUACAAGAAGGAGAUGCCUUAUAGAAUGGUUUACGGCGAUGAUGAUCUUGUGAUUCCAUGGCCAAGACCGACCCCAAAGGAGGAUGGUCCUCUGUCAACUGAGGUGAACACUGUUAGAGAGAGAACGUACUUUGUCGAGAGUGUCAUUAAGGACGACAUCCCCUCGGACGCACUUGAUAGUAUUAGAAAGAAGCACUCCAAGUGGAGACGUGGUAAACUUACGAAGACGGAGGUUAAGAGACUCACGCCUCCUGAGAUGCCACUUACAGAGACAAAGAAGGCUUACUUGGCCGAGAGAGAGGCAAAGAAACAACAACCAAGGGCUCUCAUCACAGACGAGAUGAAGGCUUUCUUGGGCAAGAAGGUGAGAGAACACGAGGUGAAGGUGAUCAAGCAAUUGGAGGAACUGCAAGAUUUGUAA